AUGAUACCAGGUCCGCCAGCUUUGUCUGAUGGCAUAGAGCCAGAUUUUGAAGUCUGGAAAUCAAAGAUCGAGAACAAACUACAGGUCAACGCAGACCACAUCUCUACACCCGAGCUCCAAAUGGCAUACGUUUUUAGCCGUUGUGAAGGACCAGCUGCUCAACACCUUGCCCCUCGUAUGGGAUCCGAUGCUACUCUCCGUUUCAAGAACGCCACCGAUAUGAUCGCCCACCUCAAUACAAUCUAUGGAGUCCCAAGUCGUUCUGACCAAGUGUUCAGUCAGUACCGGGAUGUUUCCAUGGAGUAUGGCCAGAGGUUUAUCGAAUUCUUUCCUACAUUUUCACUGCUUGCCGAAAGGGCUAAAAUUCCCGAGGAAAGGCGCAAAGGGGACCUUUUGCGAAAGUUAAGCAGUGAUUUGAGGGUAAGAAUGACAGGAAACUUCCAGAACAAGAGCUACUAUGAGCUUGUGGAAAUCUGCAAGGCAAUGGAAUACCACCAACUUAAUCACCAAGAUAGAAGAUAA